AUGGCCGAUAAAGGAUCUUUACUGACCUCCAUCAUCAUCUUCUACCUCUCGAUCGGAGCGACCAUCUUUCAUCUGCUGGAGGAACCGAACUGGAGGAACUCGGUCCAGAACUACCAGCAGGAGAAGCAGAAGAUCCUCCAGCAGCACCCAUGUCUCUCAGAGGAGGAACUCAACUCCAUCAUCGAGGUUGUUGCCACGGCGGCGGGUCAGGGCGUGACCAUCACCGGAGACAAGUAUUACAACUCCUGGACGUGGCACAACGCCAUGAUCUUCUCCGCUACCAUCAUCACCACCAUCGGUUAUGGACAGGUGGCUCCGAAGACGGCGGCCGGUCGGGUGUUCUGUAUCGUUUUCGGCUUGUGUGGGAUCCCGCUGUGUCUCACCUGGAUCAGUGAACUGGGAACGUUCUUCGGCAGCAGAGCCAAACGCCUCAGUCAGGUUCUAGUGCACAAAGGCUUCAGCGUGAAAAAGGUCCAGUUGAUCUGUACCACCUUGUUCCUGAUGUGGGGGUUACUCUUCCACCUCCUCUUCCCUCCUCUGAUCUUCAUGAUAAUGGAGGAGUGGACGUAUCUGGAUGGACUUUAUUUCUGCUUCAUCACCCUCACCACCGUGGGCUUUGGAGACUACGUAGCAGGUGUGAACACUCAGGUGGAGUACAAAGCUCCGUACCGCUUCUGUGUGGAGCUGUGGAUCUGCAUGGGCUUGGCGUGGCUCUCGCUCUUCUUCAGCUGGAACGUCCACAUGGUGGUGGAGGCCCACAAGGUCCUGAAGAAACGCCGCCAGAUCCGCCGCCACAAACUCUCGCCCUCUCAGCUGGACCGCAUUCAGAAAGCUCCUCUGCCUCACGCCUCCAGCAUCGUCGACAUCUUCAAGUUCAUGUCGGACAAGGGCGAGGACUACAGCGACGUGAUCAGGGCCAUCAGUACGGCCGAGAAGAGGAAGAAGCAGCAGGAGGAGGAACUCACGCGCUCCAAGAGCUGCAGCGACCUUCUGGAGCCCAUGAUAGUGCAGCUGGAUCAGUCGCCCAAACAGAAGCGCAGGUUCAGCAUCGGAGACAACGUGUACAUGGUCAUCUCCAGAGCCAGGGGUUCCACCGGAGACCUGGAGGAGCGCAGGAGCCUGCAGGAGGAACCCUGCAGAGAUCCAGACCUUGGUGCUGAGAGACCUUCAGGAACGUUCAGGAGAUCCUUUCAGAUUCCCACCUUCAACUUCAGCUGUGACGAAGACUCGGGGAACCAGGAGACCUCGCGGUUCUCGGUGGUCAAAGUGGACGAGGAUUUACUGGAACGAGGAGAAGCUCCAGGGUGA